GAGUGCUUCCUCCUGCCUCUCUCUCUCUCUCUCUCUCUCUCUCGCUUCCUUCCUAGGGUUUAAGGUGAGCGAGCGCGAUGGAGAACAAGCUGCGGGCGAUGGUGAGGGACUGCUUGGACAAGCAUCUCCAUGCGUCUGCCAUCUUCCUGGCUGACAAGCUGGUGACGGUGGGAGGCACGGAAGAGGAUGUGCAUUUGCACGCACAGGCACUCUUCCAGGGCAGACAGUUUCGAAGGGCGCUGCAUCUGCUUCGCACUCACGGCCUCCUCCACCUCCACCCUCGCUACCGCUACCUCGCCGCAAAGUGUUUGGAAGAGAUCAAGGAAUGGGACGAGUGCCUCUCGGUACUGGGCGACUACGAGGUUGACCAGCAUGGAAACUACCCCAUGAAGGACGACAUUGAUCCAGAGUCGGGCCACCAAGCAGGCAUCAAUAUCGCUGCCGCGCUGUGUCUGCUGCGAGGGCGCGCAUGCGAAGCUUUGGAAAACAGGACCAGAGCUCUCUGCUGGUACAAGGCGUCCCUUAGAGUAGACCCAUACUGUUACGAGGCGUACGAGCACAUCGUAGACAACCACAUGCUCUCCAGCGAGAAAGAAGUAGCCUUCCUGUCGUCUCUCAAGUUCGAUGCAGACGAUCGCUGGCUCUCACUGCUUUAUUCUUGUCAAGCCAAGAAAUAUGGACAGAUAAGUGCGCUCGAGUCCAAGCUUUCUGAACUGGAAAGGGAACCACAGAAACACAGCAACGUGGGCCUGUCGUUGAAGGAUAACAACGACGUCUUGGCAUGCAGAGCAGACUACCUCUAUCAUCGAGGAGAGUUUCAAUUGUGCUACGACAUUACAAAGACGCUGCUCGAAAAGGAUCCUUACCAUCUCAAGUGUAUGCCGUUACAUCUAGGUGCCGCACUAGAGCUUGGGCGCAAGAACGAGCUGUUUUUAAGAGCACACAAUCUCGUCCAAGAGUAUUCUCAAAGGCCCAUUGCUUGGUUCGCCGUGGGAUGCUACUACUAUUGCAUCCGGCAAUUUGAUCACGCCCGCCGCUACUUCUGCAAGGCAACGACGUUGGACGGGGCAUUUUAUCCUGCAUGGCUGGGUUUUGGCAAUGCGUAUGCAGCCCAGGACGAAAGUGACCAGGCUAUGGCUGCAUACAGAACCGCUGCGCGUCUUUUCUCCGGUUGCCACAUGCCCGCUUUGUGCAUCGGCAUGGAGUAUCUAAGAACAAACAACCUCAACCUUGCCGAGCAGUUCUUUAUGCAGGCCAAAGGGAUCUGUCCAACCGAUCCUCUCGUGUACAACGAGCUCGGUGUCAUGGCUUACCGCAACAGGGAGUACGAAGAAGCAGCUCGGUGGCUACGCAAGGCCUUGGUUCUUGUCCAAGAGACGAGGAAUAGCCUGACCUUGUGUUGGGAGCCUACUGUUGUCAACCUGGCGCAUACCUUGCGUAAACUCAAACUAUAUCCGGAGGCGAUAUCAAUGUACGAGAAAGCCUUGGCUCUUUGCCCUCGUGGAGCUACGACAUAUGCAGCGCUGGGCUUCACCCAUCACCUUCAGGGAAGCACUGGUAUCGCCAUCGACUUUUAUCACAAGGCGCUGGGCUUGAAACCCGAUGAUACUUUCACGGCAGAGAUGCUCACUGCAGCCCUGACUGAAGAAUGCCUACGGCCCAGCUUUGCCAAAGAGCUCACGGCCCUUCACUAAACAAACAGUGUAAUCUCAAACAUCUGUAACAGAAGGAACACAUAGGGUUUUGUU